UUUAUGCACCUGUCCAAAUGUCUUUUAAAUGUUGGAAUUCAUCUACCUCUUCCUUUGGUUUUCCUGAUUUACUUAAUUAGACUCUUAAUUCCAGAUUUUUAAAAUAAUUGUUGAAUUCAAAUUCCACCAUCUGCCUUAGCAGGAUUUGAACCUGGGUCCCCAGCAUAUUACCUGGGAGCAACAGCCCCGCGAUAAUAUCACUAGGCUUGUCUCCUACCCUUGUUUUUUUGGGCCCCUCGUGAUUUUAUAAAUCUCUACAAGGUCAUGUCUCACUCCAGUGUCGGAAAAAAAAGAAUUCACAGCCUCUCCUCAUAACUCAAAACUCUCCAGUCCCGGCAACGUCCUGGUAAAUCUCUUCUGUAUCCUUUCCGGUUUUAAUGAUAUCGCUUCCUAGAGCAGGAAUCUUGAAAUUGAAUGGGGUAGGGAGCGUGGAAAUUGGUGUAGGGAAGAGUAACCAUCCCCACCCCCAGUGACACACGCAAGCCACCCAGGCAGGGAGAGUUAGGCCAGGAGGUCACAAUGGACUGACACCAUAAAGGUUGACCCCUCCUCCCCACCCCACCCCACCCCACCCCACCCCACUGUCCCCUCCCGUCCCACUCAUUGUGACUGGGACCUAGGCCUCAGUGAAGACAAUAGCUCACGGACCCCAGGAGCCAGCAGUGACUGUGCGUAUCGCUGACACAGAAGGCUAACCUCCAACCUGUUGGUGUAGACACCACCCUCCCGCACUGGCGAGCUGAAAUGGAGCUAAGAACAACCACUGUCCCCAACUUGAAUGUGGAUAAAGACCGCCCCGCCAUCUGCCCAAUGGCCAACACCACCUCACAAAAGCACAAGAACUUUGUGGUGGAGCCCAUGAAGGAGAAGUCUGUGAAAGAGCUGGCGGGAAUCGGCCUAGUCCUGGGAGGACGGCUGGAGGAGAAAGGCUUCACCAAGGCUAAAGAUGUGUUGGGUCAGUUUCUGCUUCUGAAACAAGACAAAGUGGCCUUUAAGUCCUGGAUGAGGCAAGUCUGCUUCGCAGGGAACAGGCAGUCAGAAGACUGUUAUCGCUGUCUCAGAGAGUGGUGUGAUGCUUUCCUCUGAAACCUCCUCUGUCCUUUCCCCUCCCAACUCCUGCGUAAAUGACAGUAAUAAUCACCUCAAAGAAACCUUAAUUGCUAUUUAUUGAUUGUUCAUAGCCCCAGGUCACCGGGGCUUUUCCAGAUUUUAUACGGUUUUGAAAACUGAUUUUUUAAUAAAACAAGCUCACUUUGCCA